UGCAUUGAAAUUAUUGGCUUCCGAGAAUAACAUCGCCACAGAAAAGAAGAAGAAGAGUGAGCUGGUUUCACAGUUACUGGAUGCACAGGCUCCAGUAUCUGCACUGACUCCAGUGUUGAGUCAGUCAUCUGGCGUACUUGCGGUUUCGCCGAAUGUAAAAGAAAACCUACCCCCUUUUAACCAGGUUACAUACGGAUCGGACCUCACACAACUACCAACUAUUAAGUUUAAUGACAUUUAUGAGUUUAUGAUUUUGCGCCCGACUGACUCGGGUAGUUCUGUAAAAAAUUUCAGAGGUUUAGACAGAGCUACUAAACACUACGAUGCUGGCGAUGUCCAAAGAGUUUCCAUAGCACAGGUUGAUGAAUCCAUUGUGUAUGUCAGGGCAACAUGUCAGGCUUCUAUGAAGAAACACCACUAUCAAAUGUAUGUGUGUGCAACCCUCUCCCCUGACAAGGACAAACUAGAAUAUGCCUACUGCCAGUGUCCAAUUGGACUAUCACAGGCAUGCAGUCACAUUGGUGGGCUUUUAUUUGCUUUGGCGCAAGGACAAACAACAAAAAAAGGAACGUUGGAAGAAAACUGCACCUCCAACCUUUGUAUGUGGAAAGUCCCUAGGAACCAGAUUAGAGCGCAACCUCUACGAAAUUUCCAGCUGGCUAAGCCAAGAGUCACUCCAAAUAACUUUACAAAUACAAUCCAGCCACCACCUCAGGGUAAUUUCGAUCCAAGACAUUCUGAGGACAGGUCUCAUGACCUCCACAAAAGUCUGCAGGAGCUGAAGAAAUUAAAGGUUUUCCCCCAAACAGGAAUGGCACACUUUUGGAACAUUCCUGACCAUGUGCCAGAUGUAUGCCAUGAAGAAGAGAUGGAAACAUCAAUACAUCCACUUCAGAAAAAGAUGGAGCAAAUGGUCUUUAAUGAAAACAACUGCCCGCCUCCAACAAUUAAUCUUGAUCUUUCAAGAUACAUUGAGGAAAAAACACAGAGCCAGAGUUCAUGUCCAAUGUGGAAAGCUCUACACAGAAGAAGGAUCACAAGUUCCAUUUUUGGAGAUGUUCUGCAUGCUGGGCCCAAUCCUGCAUCAUUAAUUAAGCAGAUUGUGGAAGGUUCAAACCUUGACAAGUAUGCAAAUUUACCAGAAGCAGUAAAGUGGGGACAGGACCAUGAGGGGUGUGCCAGAGUCCAGUAUGGAGAGAUAAAACGGGCCCUUUUCAAUGUUGAGAUCUAUCCUACUGGACUCACAUUGUGUACAUCACAUUCAUUUCUAGGAGCCUCAAGUGAUGGCAGAAUCAUAGAACAGGAUGGUGAAGGUUUGCUUGAAAUCAAAUGUCCAUUUUCUUUAAAUGGAAAAAAGAUACUUAGUAUGGGAAUAGGGCACAUCAUGGAGAUGAAUGGCAAAAGCUUCUGUUUGGAAUCUUCUGAUGAAGGGCCAAAGUUAAAAAAAAGUCACAAAUAUUAUGCUCAGGUGCAGGGUGAAAUGGCCAUUAAGGGCUUACCUUGGUGUGAUUUUGUUGUUUGGACAGGGGCAUCAUCAAAUAACAUUGCCAUUGACAGAGUUUACUUUGAUGCUGACUUUGUAAGUGAUAUGAUGCCAAAACUUGUAAAAAUUUUCAUAGAUCACAUAUAUCCUUUGUAUUAUGCGUAAAGCAGCAAUUA